UAUAUAGGAUCUUUUUUCUCAAUUGAAAUAUUAUCCCCGCAUAUUGGACUUAAUUUUGGAGUUUAUAAAUAGCACACGUUUCCAAUACAUCUUUUUACCAAGAAUAUUGUAUCCUUCAAUAUUUGUUUCGUCAAUUUAUUGACAACAAAUAAAGUUUGAUAACAUAUCUAUAAACAUGGAUAAUAACAAAAAUCAAGCAUGGUCUUCAUCUUCUUCAUCAACUGUGAAAUUCGAUCAACUUUUCGGUCCCAAGGACUCUGCUUCAUCUUCUUCCUUCUUUGGUUCCAUUUUCCCACCACCACCAUCUGUUGAAGGGAGAGGAUCAAGAACUCAAGAAGUGGGAAGCAAAAAUUUUGGAGCACAAGGAACUCCUAGUAAUAAUAAAGGUGAAAACAACCGUGGCAUCUCAAACAAGAAUACUAGUGUCAAUUAUCAGAAUGAGACAGUGGAACCCAGUUACUUCAGCUCUUCAAUCUACUAUGGUGGUCAAGAAAAUUAUUCCCCAAGAAGCAGGACCACUCAACCCCACCAACUUUUUAAGAAAGAUAAGAAUAAUGGUGACCCCAAUGGUAACAAUUCAAACAGCGCUUCAAGAGGAGACUGGUGGGAAGGUUCCCUUUAUUACUAAAGUCAUGGUAUCAUAGUAUUAGAACUUAACAUCCUGCAGGAUGAAGAUCGACUACAUAAGUUGGAGAAUGCUCUAUUUAGUUAUAUGAAAAUACAUAAGUUAAAGUAAUAUAGUUUAGACCGUAUGAGUUAUACCCUUUUAUCUUACUAGUUGGGUCUAUUUUUGUCCCAGAUAUUGGGUAUAUAUAAUUAGCUAAACCGAAAAUGUAGCUUGGGGCCAAGUCUAUUGUGUGCUUUGUAUUGUAGUAGUUUUUAUAUAUAAAAAUAAAAUAAAAUAAAGGUUUUAUAUUAAUGAUUC